UGAUUCACUAGCCAACCGGAGUAGUGGUGCCGUGGUGUAGCCGUAGUACCGUAGUUUGAAAGAAUAGCCAGUCAGAAGCCAAUUGCAGCCGAUAUAAGUUUACACCAAGCCAACAAACCGCUAGCUCAAAACAUCGGUGUUAUGUCCCGUUUUUUAAAACACAGUAAAGUGUUCGACGACUCCAAGGGCCGUUUCUUUCUCGUUUUGUUAACAGAGGAGAAUGACGCAAGGCUGUCUAAGCUUAACUUGUCCAUAACAGACGGCAACACCGUUUGGAAAGCAUCGACAAGCUUCGAGGAAUCGUGCGGAUCGCUUAACUCCCGUCGCGAAGAAAACGUUAAGCAUUUAAUAAGGCGUAUCAGCAACUGCAGACUCGAAACUUGCGAUGACACGGAUGAACUGUCCGUCACGCUCGUUCCUCCUGGAAAAACCUACGAGCUCAAGUUCAAGAAGGCUACUAGUGCGAGUGCAACGCUAGAACGUCUUGACCUGCUAGUAGCCGUCGCCGACGCCGGUGAUCUCAAGACACUUGUGGACUCUGUCGAUAAUGACACCAUGGUGGCGGUCGCGUCAGCUAAGAGGAGCAAAUCUCGCAAGGAAGCUGUACCCGUGGAGAAAGAAGGCAUGAGUCUACUAAAUCCCAGAAGUAGAAAAAUACCGACGAGCAGGGGUAUUGAUUUCGACUGACUGAUACAGGCCAUACGAAUUGCCCCAACCAAGUAGACCUUUAGGGUCUGAGCGGAGGGUGUGAAUCCUUUAAGCAUGAUUGGUUUUCUUGCGCUCUCUUGGCUCCGUGUUCCGUCGUUGAUUGAUUAUCUGUCAGAUCUAUGUGCAUGUCACCCCCAGCUUCAGCGCAAGCGUGCGAGUUAUUGAGCCAGUGAGACAAGCAUUGCAUAUAUUUUUCGUCUAGAGCUGGGAGAACAUGUGUGGCUGGUUGGUGCUUGCUUAAGAACAUAAUGCAGGGCAUAGACACAGCAAUGGAAAAAUUAAACACACACAGACACACAUCGCAGCCGCUACUACCUACUACUUUAUUCGAGAGGCAACAAGUUCACUUUAUAUAUUUUUCCCAAUGCUCAGAUGCCGCAGCCACAUCAGGAAGGGUGCAUAGCACGUUUGUGAAAAACUCGAAAAAUCUAUUUCUAAGAAGCUGCGCUCCACAUUAUGCAACACAAGUGGAAGUCUGACUUAGACAUGCAUUACUUUUUCUUUAAUGUGAAAUGCUUCCAAACGUUCCUGUACUGUUCUAUCUUUGCUCGCGCCCAGGAUCCUCGCAUCAUAAAAUUCGCACCGACAAGGGCAGGAUUUGCAGUGUGCAGAAAGAUGUGCAGUCAAGCCCGUCAGUUCAUUAGCAUGCUCCCUCAUUCGUGUAAUUAACGCAGCAAUGAGUUUGCCCUAUAAGCAACUUCACUGGUGAACUGCAUAAAGUUUGGCGUGUGUCACUUGGCAGCCCAUCUUUGAAACUGUUUGUGAUGUGAGGACAAAGUUGAUCAUCAGUCGUUUGGCAACAAAGAGCGCGACAGGGCGGUUUCAAUAUGUGGAACCACAAUUAUUACUAUUCCGCCCUGGCAUGAAACUUUGCAUCAUUUAUCAACCGCAACAAUAGCACACUGUGCGUGGUGUUGUUAUAGAUGUCAUACGUGUGUAUUUAUCUCUCUCCAGACAACAAUCACAACAUUUUUUUUUUUUUACAUUGUGGCUCAUUGUCUGCACACAGGACAUGAAUUACAGUCUCUGGCCUCUCUGAUCUUCCUGUGCACUGUUCCUGAUGUGGCAUCCACGCAUCUGGAAAAAUAUAUAUUGGCUUCUCACUGCCUGUCGAAUAAAGUAGUUGUUCGUAAUGCC